AUGGACGAUUACAUGUUCCGGUCCUAUGUGGCCGAGUGCAAGUGUGUCAAGGAGGACACGAGCUAUCUCGAGAUUUUCAAUUACUCGGAUCCCUCAUACAACACUUGUGAGGAACAUCGUUUCGGGAGCGACGAGCUGUCCGUUGAGUUUAGCAACUUUCUCCAUCGAAGGGGAGCCUUUGCGCCCCCCAACUUGCGCCCUGGCGUGAAGCAAACGGGCGCCAUCCGGUUGAUCCUCCAGCAGAAUGCAAAAGACCCCGAGACGUUCACGCCCAGCCACAUCUCCUUCUCGCACGCGGCGUACGAGGAGAUGGUACGGGCGCUGCACCUCCCGUUCCGGGCUAUUGAAGGGACCAGCGUGGUGGGCCCCUUUUUCUGGUGUGCUUUUGACCAGGACGAUGAUGAUCCGCACCUACAAAUCGUCUUCCGCAAAUCCGACGUGCGCAAACUCGGCCUAACCCGCGGCUGGGAACUCAUGCUCUCGCACUCCUUCCGCACCAACACCACAACCGGCUACGCCAAAGGCACCCCCUCCUCCGACAUGGUCGAGAGCAUCAAACACCUGCGCUCUUGCGCCUCCCAAAUCCUCCACCCCCUCCUCCUCCCCGUAAUCAUCAUCAGCCACGACCUCUCCCAGAAAAACGACCAAAAGCAGCGCCAAGCCCGCGACUGGCUGCGCACGCUCGAGUCCGCCGUCAGCAUGCGCGCCGAGACGCUGGCCGAGGAGAACAAAUACAUCCGGGGGCCGAUGAUUGAUUUGGAUCAGAUCAACAUGGACCUGGUGGAGUGCCACUCGCGGGUGUUGUGGAAGCGGCCGCAGGCGUAUCAGGAGAUUAUUCGGGGGAUGGAGAAGGCGAUGGCAGCGUUUUGGGAGCGGGCGCAGAGGGAUGAGGAGGCGUAUGGGGGGGAGAAGGGGGAGGUGUAUCGGUUGCAUCGGAGUAUGUUGGCGAGGUUGGAUUUUUAUUCGGCCAAGUUGACGGGGAUUGAGAAUUAUGCGCAUAUCACGUUGGAGAGGUUGGCUGUGCAGCGGCAGGCGCUCUACAACAUAAUCGCCCAAAAAGAAUCCAAACUCGGUCUCCAAAUGGCCGGCGAGCAACGCCGUCUCGCCCACGCCUCCAAACGCGACAGCACCUCCAUGAAAAUCCUCUCCCUCCUCGGUGCCAUCUUCCUCCCCGCAACCUACCUCGCCUCCAUCUUCGGCAUGACCUUCUUCAACUUCGUCCCCGACAGCGGCGGCGGUUCCUCCUCCCCUUCCCCAUCCUCUUCCUCUGGGUCUGGGUCUGGGUCUGGGUCUGGGUCUGCAGUACCUGCACAACCGCCCUGGAACCCCGUCUCUCCGCUCUUAUGGAUCUACUUCGCCAUCACCAUUCCCGUGACCAUGAUAAUUGUAAUCACCUGGCGGCUGUGGGAUAAGAAAAGGGAAGAGCGGUAUAAGGCGGAGGAUGUGGCGUUGGAGGAAGGGAUUGAGCAGAUGGAGAUGAAGAUUAUGGCGACGAUGAGGAAGCGGACGAUGAGUAAGAUGCGGACUUGGGAUGUGACGGAGGGGGCGGGCGAGGGGGGCUUGGGAUUUAGGGGAAAGGCUGGGAAGCUGGGGAAGGGGGGGAAGGAGAAGUAG